CCCUUUUGGACACACGAAAAAAAAUGUCUCGAUUCUCAGCGAUUAAUGAGCUCCGUCGAAGUUUUUCUGCAGACAACAUUUACGACCUCAGGAUGGUGCCUACAUCCAGUGUCGGUGAAGUGGAAGAUGAGCUGCGCCAGCGUACGCCAACUACCGUCUAUGGGUCUCAGAACGUUGUCAUAAACAAUGCAGGUUCCGGCUCUCUGACAGUAAACAUCACUGGUAUGGACAGAGAACCACAUGAGAGACUUGAACCUGAUAAAGUUAAACACCAGGACAACUAUGAAGAUCAGACCAUCCCGAACAAGAAGAAGAACAUCUUGCUUGCGGCACUUCUAGUCCUAAAUGUUGUCUACAGGAGAGACUUAGUUGGGUACGCCAUGACAAUAUUACAACAUAGAAACCUAUUAAUAUCUGCAUUUAUUAUUAUCAUGAAUAUCAGAGUUAUAUUAUGCAUAUUACGGAAGUUCAAAUAGAUUUGUUAUUAUGUAAAAAGUUAU